CGUCAAGUCCAUUAUCAACCUCGAAACAAAUAGAGAGAGAAGAGAAACAAAAAAAGAGAUCAGGAAAUGUCGGGCAGAGGAAAGGGAGGGAAGGGAUUGGGAAAAGGAGGAGCGAAACGUCACCGUAAGGUUCUGAGGGAUAACAUCCAGGGGAUCACCAAGCCAGCCAUAAGGCGUCUGGCUCGUCGUGGAGGAGUCAAGCGUAUCAGCGGUCUCAUCUACGAGGAGACACGCGGCGUCCUCAAGAUCUUUCUGGAGAACGUAAUUCGCGACGCCGUUACCUACACUGAGCACGCUCGCCGGAAGACUGUUACGGCUAUGGAUGUCGUUUAUGCCUUGAAGAGACAAGGCCGUACCCUUUACGGUUUUGGCGGUUAAGUCUCUAGGGUUAGCAUUAGGGGUUAUGGUAUAAUUUGGGAAUUUGGGAAGAUCAGGCUUUUUUUAAUGUUGAUAUGAAAUGAAGGUGUUUAGAGUUUUGUAUCUUUUUCUUUCUCUUUCUCUGUUCGGGUUAUGUGGAAAGUUGGACUAAUUAUAGUUUGGUAAUGGAUGUUCAAAGUUGUUGCUUAGUGCGUU